AUGGAGGCGACGGCAGCCGACCCAGGAACCUCAAGGAUCGCAGAUUCAGGGCUCGCCGACAUAGGAGACAUUGAGACCACCAACCGUGGAACCACCGAYCGUGGAACCACCCAAACCUCCACCUGCGGAACCACAGACUGUGGAAUUGCCGAGUCUGGAACCACUGGAACUGGAACCACCCCAGGAACCACCAAUUGUGGAACCAUCGACUGCGGGACCACCCACUCAGGAGCCCCAGGAAAGGACUCAGAAGACCCAGCAGACUCGGCUAUUUGUGACCCUCUACAUUAUCCCACUAGAAUCAAUCUGGUAAAAGUCAAAUAUAGUGUAUGUCUGUGUUGGUUCUGUGCUGCUUCCUGCAGCUUUUUGUACGUGAAAGAUGAACUUAUUGAACCAGGCAGGACUAGGUCCUGCUUUGGGGAAUGUAAAGUUGUAAUGAACUAUAUUGUGGGUACCUUUGACCUAAUUGUGAACUUCACAUUUCCAGUUACUGCUAUCACAGUUCUGAAUUUGAGAGUAUUUGUGGUGGCUGUGUCUCAGGCUCGUGCCAUGCGCUCUCACAUUACAGCUGCUGCACUCCAGAAAUCAGCGAAUAAAGGCUAUAAAACUCAUUGUCACUUUACAGAUACUGAGGCCUGGCUCAUGUGA